CUGCGCAUCUCCAAAACCGGCCUGCCUCGUCGCCAAUUUCUGCAUUCCUCUGAUUGAUCUUGCCCGACCCACAUCACACGACCUGUCCCAGCAGCGCCUUCUCGUAACUGCUCGUCUCGUCUGCCUUGCUACAGCGCUUUGAUCUCAGGACCACCCCAUCAUUGCCCUUGCUGAGCCACACAGGAUGGCGCACUGGAAAGACCACCUUGCGCUCAAGGUGACCAACAUCAUCACCUUCCUCCUCUUCACUGGAGGAUCGUCGUAUGCCUCGCUGCCUCCCUUCUUUGGCGCCGCGCACCCGACCUACCUGACGCCCGAGAGCUGGAUCUUUGGCACAUGGGGCAUCAUUCACCUACUCCUCAUCGGCAUGCUCGUCUACCAGUUCACUGAGACGGGCUACCACACUGUGGUGCAGGGCAUUGGCUGGCGCUUCCCUCUGCUGUGCCUGCUCACUGCCGUGUACUCGACGCUGUCAAGCUCGUACGCAAACUCCAAGACAACCGACUUCGUCAUUUCCAUCCUUGCCUUUGUCACUAUCGCCUUUGUCGGCGCCACAGUGAGCCACAUCUACCGCUCCAUCAAGCUGCACCACCCGCCCAAGAACCUGCUCGACACGGCCUUUGUCCACGUGCCCUUCAGCCUCUUCCACGGCUUCAGCGUCGUCCUUCUCUUUGUCGCUGGCUUCUCUGCCUUUGGCGUCAAUGCGGCCCUGCACCCCGCCGGCAUCUUUACCAAGAUCUUUGUCUUUAUCGCCCUCCUUCUCCUCGAGGGCACCGCCGCUGCCUACGUCUUUGCCGGCCACGGCGAUGUGGUGGGCGCUGCCGUCAUCAGCCUCUCGAUCCUGGCCAUUUACAAUCACCAGACGAUUGCGCGCGCCGGCGAGUUCAUCCACUACUCUGCCCUCGCCUUCUUCAUCAUCUCCCUCAUUGCCGUCCUGCGCGCCACGAUUGCCGCCUUCACCGGCCGCACCAAUGUCGGUGGCGCCACCGACGAGGAGAGGGCUCCCCUUGUCGGCUGAUCUUCCUCAAUGUUAGACCACCCUCCGUUCAUGUCGGGCCUUUCUUUGUGUGAAUAUCUCGCCAUUCUAUUCCCCAUUCUACCACCAUCUAUGCAAUUUUGACAGAAAAAAAGGAAAGAGAGACCGAUGUGAACCUCCCCUCACCGCUUCCUGACCAUCAUCAGACCCAGCGGCCAGGCCAUCCU